AUGUCCGAGAAGAAGUCCGCGACCCCCAACCUGGGAAAGGUUCUCGUCAUCGGCGGCAACGGCUUCCUGGGCCAUCAUGUUGUCAACCAGCUCCUCGCCGGCGAUCGCUGGGCCGUCACGUCAGUCGACGUAAUCGAUCUUCGCUGCGGCCACAACCGACACCCCAAAGCCAACUAUCAUGAGGCCGACAUUACCGACGCUGACAGGAUGAAGUCCAUCCUCGAGAACACUAAGCCCGACAUCGUCAUCCACACCGCCUCCCCUGCCGCCCAGGGCGACGGCCCCGUCGCCAAGGACCUCUUUCGCAAGGUCAAUAUCGACGGCACCGCCUCCGUCGUCGCCGCGUGCCAGGCCUGCUCCGUCAAGGCCCUCGUUUACACAUCUUCCGCCAGCAUCAUCAGCGACAACACGAGCGACCUCAUCAACGCCGACGAGCGGUGGCCCGUUAUCCGCGGCGAGCUGCAGACCGAGUACUACUCCGAGACCAAGGCUGCCGCAGAAGAACUGGUCCUCAAUGCGAACCGCCAAGACCCUUACCCCCUCGUUACAUGCUCCAUCCGCCCUGCGGGCAUCUUCGGCGAGGGCGACACCAUGGUCACGCACCAGAUGGUCAAGAUCUACCGUGAGGGUAAAACGGGCUUCCAGCUCGGCGACAACGACAACCUCUUCGACUUCACCUACGUCGGCAACGUCGCCCACGCCCACCUGCUCGCGGCGCGCAUGCUUCUCGCCACCGCCGGCGCCUCCACCGCCCCCCUCGACCACGAAAAGGUUGACGGCGAGGCCUUCCUCGUCACCAACGACAGCCCCAUCUACUUUUGGGACUUCACGCGCGCCAUCUGGCGCGCCGCGGGAUCCGACAAAGGCACGAGCCACGUCUGGACCAUCCCCCGCGAGAUCGGCGCCGUUUUGGGCUUCUGCUCUGAGGUCUUCUGCAGCAUCAUCGGGAAGCCUCCCACGUUCAACCGCCAGCGCAAUAUUUACAGUUGCAUGACACGCUACUACAACAUCAGCAAGGCCAAGCGCCUGCUCGGCUACCGCCCCAUUGUUAGCCUCGACGACGGCAUUAAAAGAGGCGUGCAGUGGUUCCUGGACCAGGAGAAGGCCGGCAAGGUCGGUAUCAAGGCAUGA